CCCGGCCCGGGACCGGCGGCGCGCGGCGGCCGAGGCCCAGCUCCAGAACACGUGCCCCGAGCCUGGGAGGCAUGCUGAAUCUAGGAAGCUGGCAGGAUGAGUGUGAACGAGGCUGGCAGCGCCGGCUGCCAAGGGCAGGCGGCCUACCACCUGCGCAUCUACCCGCAGCUGGCCACCAGCGAGAGCCAGGCCUCGUGCCGAGUGAUGGCCACCAAGGACAGCACCACAUCAGAUGUCAUCCAGGAUGCCAUCACCAGCCUGCAUCUGGAUGGUACCAAACGUUAUGUGCUGGUGGAGGUCAAGGAGACCGGUGGGGAGGAAUGGGUGCUGGAUGCCAACGACUCACCUGUGCACCGUGUGCUGCUGUGGCCGCGACGGGCACAAGAUGAGCAUCCGCAGGAAGACGGCUACUACUUCCUGCUGCAAGAGAGAGAGGCAGAUGGGACCAUCAAGUAUGUGCACAUGCAGCUGGUGGCCCAAACCUCGGCUGCCCGGCGCCUAGUGGAGCGCGGGCUCCUGCCCCGGCAGCAGGCUGACUAUGAUGACCUGUGCAACCUCCCCGAGUUGACGGAGGCCAACCUCUUGAAGAACCUGAAGCAUCGCUUCCUGCAGCAGAAGAUUUACACCUAUGCGGGCAGCAUCCUCGUGGCUGUCAACCCCUUCAAGUUCCUACCCAUCUACAACCCCAAGUACGUGAAGAUGUACGAGAACCAGCAGCUGGGCAAGUUGGAGCCACAUGUGUUCGCACUGGCCGAUGUGGCCUACUAUGCCAUGCUGCGCAAGCGUGUCAACCAGUGCAUAGUCAUCUCUGGGGAGAGCGGCUCCGGCAAGACGCAGAGCACCAACUUCCUGAUCCACUGCCUCACUGCCCUGAGCCAGAAGGGCUAUGCCAGUGGUGUGGAGAGGACCAUCCUGGGUGCCGGCCCAGUGCUGGAGGCAUUUGGGAACGCCAAAACGGCCCACAACAACAAUUCCAGCCGAUUUGGGAAAUUCAUCCAGGUCAACUACCUGGAGAGUGGCAUCGUGAGAGGAGCUGUUGUCGAAAAAUACCUGCUUGAGAAGUCUCGCCUGGUCUCUCAGGAGAAGGAUGAGAGGAACUACCACGUGUUUUAUUAUUUGUUACUUGGUGUCAGCGAUGAAGAACGUCAAGAAUUCCAACUCAAGCAGCCUGAAGAUUAUUUCUACCUCAACCAGCAUAACUUGAAGAUCGAAGAUGGAGAGGAUCUAAAGCACGACUUUGAACGACUCAAGCAGGCCAUGGAGAUGGUGGGCUUCCUCCCUGCCACCAAGAAGCAGAUUUUUUCAGUUCUCUCGGCCAUCCUGUACCUGGGCAACGUGACCUACAAGAAAAGAGCCACUGGCAGGGAUGAAGGCCUGGAAGUCGGGCCCCUUGAGGUGCUAGAUACGCUGUCGCAGCUCCUGAAGGUAAAACGUGAAAUCUUGGUGGAAGUUCUGACCAAAAGAAAAACAGUGACUGCCAACGACAAGCUCAUCCUCCCCUACAGUCUCAGUGAGGCCAUCACCGCCCGCGACUCCAUGGCCAAGUCACUGUACAGUGCCCUGUUCGACUGGAUUGUUCUGCGUAUCAACCACGCCCUCCUCAACAAGAGGGACAUGGAAGAGUCUGUGUCAUGCCUAUCCAUCGGGGUCCUUGAUAUCUUCGGGUUUGAGGACUUCGAGAGAAACAGUUUUGAACAGUUCUGCAUUAACUAUGCCAAUGAACAGCUCCAGUAUUACUUCAACCAACACAUUUUUAAACUGGAACAGGAGGAAUACCAGAGUGAGGGGAUCUCAUGGCAUAACAUAGACUACACAGACAAUGUCGGCUGCAUCCAUCUCAUAAGCAAGAAACCCACCGGCCUCUUCUACCUGCUGGAUGAGGAAAGCAACUUUCCCCAUGCCACAAGCCAGACCCUGCUGGCCAAGUUCAAGCAGCAACACGAGGACAAUAGGUACUUUCUUGGCACUCCUGUCAUGGAGCCGGCAUUCAUCAUCCAGCACUUCGCAGGAAAAGUGAAGUAUCAGAUCAAGGACUUCCGGGAGAAGAACAUGGACUAUAUGCGACCAGACAUCGUGGCCCUCCUGCGGGGCAGCGACAGCUCCUAUGUGCGGGAGCUCAUCGGCAUGGAUCCCGUGGCUGUGUUCCGCUGGGCUGUGCUCCGGGCCACCAUCCGAGCUAUGGCUGUGCUGCGGGAGGCGGGGCGCCUGCGGGCAGAGCGGGCUGAGAAGGCUGCAGGUCUGCGCAGCCCUGGCACCCGAAGCUACCCAAGCGAGCAACAGAGAGGGGUCGGCACCCCGUCGGAGAAACUGUACCGUGAUUUGCAUGAUCAAAUCAUCAGGAGCAUCAAAGGAUUGCCCUGGCAGGGCGAGGACCCCCGUAGGCUGCUCCAGUCCCUCAGUCGACUCCAGAAACCCCGCACCUUCAUCCUGAAAAGUAAAGGUAUCAAACAAAAGCAGAUCAUUCCAAAGAACCUGCUGGACUCCAAAUCCCUGAAGCUGAUUAUCAGCAUGACCCUGCAUGACCGUACCACCAAGUCCCUGCUGCACCUGCACAAGAAGAAGAAGCCACCCAGCAUUAGUGCCCAGUUUCAGACAUCCCUUAAUAAGCUCCUGGAGGCACUGGGGAAGGCAGAACCCUUCUUCAUCCGCUGCAUUCGCUCCAAUGCCGAGAAGAAAGAACUGCACUUUGACGAGGAGCUGGUGCUACAGCAGCUGCGCUACACAGGCAUGCUGGAAACCGUGCGCAUCCGCAGGUCGGGCUAUAGCGCCAAGUACACAUUCCAGGAUUUCACAGAGCAGUUCCAGGUCCUGCUGCCCAAGAACACGCAGCCCUGCAGGGAGGUCAUCUCAGCCCUGUUGGAGAAGAUGGACGUGGACAAGAGGAGCUACCAGAUCGGGAAAACCAAGGUUUUCCUGAAGGAGACAGAACGGCAGGCCCUGCAGGAGACACUGCACCGGGAGGUGGUACGGAAGAUCCUGCUCCUGCAGAGCUGGUUCCGGAUGAUGUUGGAGCGUAGGCACUUCCUGCAGAUGAGGCGGGCAGCAGUCACCAUCCAGGCCUGCUGGCGAUCCUACCGCGUCCGACGGGCGCUGGAAAGAACACAAGCAGCUGUAUAUAUACAGGCCGCAUGGCGGGGCUACCAGCAGCGGGUAGCUUAUCAACACCAGAGACAGAGCAUCAUCCGUCUGCAGAGCCUCUGCCGGGGGCACCUGCAGCGCAAGAGCUUUAGCCAAAUGGUCAUGGAGAAACAGAAGGCUGAAGAAAAGGAGAGGGAAACCGAGCAAGCCUCAAAGGAAGAGGCCACAGAGGCAGGGCCAGGCCCAGAGCCAUCGGUGGACAGUGAGCAUGCAACAUUGUCAUCUGAGGCGUGGCCAAGUGACAGGCCUCCUGCCCAGAGUUCCCAACAGGAGAACGAGGUCUCGAACCCUGAGAAGACCCUCCCACCCCUCAAAAAUGCAGCUGAAAGUCAUGAGAAAGUACCAAGCAGCCGGGAGAAGCGGGAGUCUCGGCGGCAGAGAGGGCUGGAGCAUGUGAAGUUCCAGAACAAACACAUCCAGUCAUGCAAGGAGGAGAAUACCCUCAGAGAACCUUCUGAAACUGACAUCCUGGAACCAGAGGAGAGCCUCCCAGAAGACAGAAAGGAUAGCAGAGAAGAUGAAAGUCCUUCAGACAGAGGGAUGGAAACAGAGAAGUCUUCAGUAAAGCAGCCGUCAGAGCUACUACAGGCAUCCCCAACCAGCCAGGCAUCUGGAGAAACACCAAAAGUGCCCCAGGAGCGGCCCACCAGCCUGGUCCUAGACAGUAAGGUCUGUGUACAGGCCCUCAGCACAAGCCUCGAGACCCCCAAGGACAAGGGCAACAAGACAGACGGCAGCCCAAAGACUCAGGAUCGGCCUGAGAGCCCAUGUGGCUCUACCCAGAUCCAGCGGUACCGGGACACGGACACCGAGCGGCUGGCCAGCGCCGUGGAGUUGUGGCGGGGCAAGAAGCUGAUGGCCUCUGGCCCCAGCACCAUGCUGAGCCAGUCCUUGGACCUCACUGAGCGGCACCGGGCCAUUGGGGCCACACUCACACCCACAGAGGAGAGACGAAUUUCCUUAUCGACAAGCGACGUCUACAAGCUCCUCACAUCCCCAUCCCAGGCCAGGACUCAGCCUCCAACAGAAACCACAGAUGGGGAGCCCAGCACUAAGAAACUAGCCGUGCAGAAGAAGAAAUCAAGUGACACUGCCACCAGCACCGACACAGGACUGUCCCCAGGCACCCAGGCCGACUCUAAAUCCACAUUUAAGAGACUUUUCCUGCAUAAGAAAGAUAAGAAAUACAGCCUGGAGGGUGCAGAAGAGAUAGAGAAUGCGGUGACAGGGAAUGUUGUGCCUGAAGCCACCACCAUAAAGAAGAAUCUAGAAGCCCCCUCUGGCCACCAGCACUGCCAGGCAGGCGAGAAGCCCAGCAAGGAGCCAGGAGGUAAAGGGAAAAAGAACCGAAACCUCAAGAUCGGCAAAAUCACGGUAUCAGAGAAGUGGCGGGAGUCGGUGUUCCGCAAGAUCACCAACGCCAAUGAGCUCAAGUUCCUGGAUGAGUUCCUGCUCAACAAGAUAAACGAUCUGCGUUCUCAAAAGACCCCCAUCGAGAACUUGUUCAUUGAAGCUACCGAGAAGUUCAGGAGCAACCUGAAAACCAUGUACUCUGUCCCUAAUGGGAAGAUCCAUGUGGGCUACAAGGACCUGAUGGAGAACUACCAGAUUGUGGUGAGCAACCUGGCAGCCGAGCAUGGUGAGAAAGACACCAACCUGGUCCUCAACCUCUUCCAAUCGUUGCUGGACGAGUUUACCCGAGGACACAGCAAGAGUGAUUUUGAGCUGCCCAAGCAGAGCAAAGCUCAGAAGAAGAAGCGGAAGCAGGAACGCGCUGUCCAGCAGCACAACGGGCACGUGUUCGUCAGCUACCAGGUGAGCAUCCCGCAGUCCUGUGAGCUGUGCCUCUCCUACAUCUGGCUCAUGGACAAGGCUCUGCUCUGCAGUUUGUGCAAGAUGACGUGCCACAAGAAGUGCAUGCACAAGAUCCAGAGUUACUGUACCCACAUGUCCCGCAAUAAGGCAUUGCAGAGCGAGCCAGGUGCUGAACCAGGCCACUUUGGCGUGUGCGUGGACAGCCUGACUAGUGACAAGGCCUCGGUGCCUGUUGUGCUGGAGAAACUUCUGGAACAUGUGGAGAUGCACGGCCUGUACACAGAAGGCCUCUACCGCAAGUCGGGUGCUACACACCGCAUACGGGAGCUUCGGAAGGCACUGCAGGCAGACCCUGCAGCUGUCAAGCUAGAGAACUUCCCCAUCCAUGCCAUCACUGGGGUGUUGAAGCUGUGGCUCCGGGAGCUGCCUGAGCCCCUUAUGACCUUCGCCCAAUAUGGCGACUUCCUCCAUGCUGUUGAGCUACCAGAGAAGCAGGAGCAACUGGCUGCCAUCUAUGCCGUCCUGGAGCACCUGCCUGAAGCCAACCACAACUCCCUGGAACGGCUCAUCUUCCACCUGGUCAAGGUGGCCCUGCUGGAGGAUGUGAACCGCAUGUCACCCAAUGCACUGGCCAUCGUCUUUGCACCCUGCCUUCUGCGCUGCCCUGACAACUCGGACCCACUGAACAGCAUGAAGGACGUCCUCAAGAUUACCACAUGUGUGGAGAUGCUGAUCAAGGAACAGAUGAGGAAAUACAAGGUGAAGAUGGAGGAGAUCAGUCAGCUAGAGGCUGCUGAGAGCAUAGCCUUCCGCCGACUCUCCCUGCUGCGACAAAAUACUCCAUGGCCUCUCAAACUGGGGUUUUCGUCUCCCUAUGAGGGGGUCAUGAACAAGAGCGCCAAGACCCAAGCAAGCAGCAGUGGCAGUGGCCCAGAGGAGCUGGAGGUGCUACCAGAGGAGGAGGUAGCCGGCGGUGAUGAGGACCGCGAGAAAGAGAUCCUCAUCGAGCGAAUCCAGUCCAUCAAGGAGGAGAAGCAAGAUAUCACCUACCGGCUGCCAGAGUUGGACCCUCGGGGCUCCGAUGAGGAAAACCUGGACUCAGAGACCUCAGCCAGCACCGAGAGCCUGCUGGAGGAUCGGGCUGGGCGGGGGGCCUCGGAAGGGCCCCCCGCAUCUGUUGUCCCCUGCCCCAGUGCGCCCACCCUGAGCCCCCUCCCCGUGGCGGCUACCCCUCCGAGACGAAGGCCGUCAUCUUUCGCGACGGUCAGAGUGAAGACCCCCCGGCGGACCCCCAUCAUGCCCACGGCCAACAUCAAGAUCCCACCCGGCCUGACUUCCCACCUCCCUGGCUGGGUGCCAGGCACCCAGGAGGCUGCUUCCCCCGUGAGGCGCCGAGAGCCACCUGCCCGCCGCCCAGACCAGGUACACUCUGUGUAUAUCACACCGGGUACUCACCUGCCGAUGCAGGGCAUCCUGGAGCCCCUGGACGAGGACAACCAGCCACCUGGGGCCAAGCGGAGGUACUCAGACCCCCCAACCUACAGCCUGCCCCCCACCUCGGGCCAAACCAAUGGCUGAGGGCCCACAGCUGUCAGAGUCCACACAUUCAGUGACCUGGUGCCAGAGCUGGGUGCCAGAGCUCCAGAUCCAGCAUUCGGCUCGCCGAGAAGGACCCGGUAUGCAAGUGGCAAAAGCAAUGAGAGGUGGACACCAGCUCCAACCAGAGUCCAGGCAGAGAGAGCUGUCCUCAGCCAGGCCACCCUUGUUGAGCCCCCCCACGUCGCACAGACAUGCCUGCCCAGAGCGUGAAUCACAGCAGGCGGUCUGGCAUCUCCCACCUCCCCUUUUAUAUGUUUUCGUAACUUCCUUUGUGUGUGGUUUACAUAACUUUAAACUGUAACAGCCUUAACAGACCAAAUUGUUUUUUAUAUGUGCCUGUACAAACUUUUAUAUUAACGUCCUGCAUUUCCCUUAUAUCCUGGACAUGAAUUUCAGAGCAAAGCCCACAUAGCUGGCACAAUUUGGAGACUUAGACCUGUGCUGUGGGUUACUCUGUGGGGGCGAUCCUCAGGUUAGGACCCUACAUAUGGGCUUUGAACAUCUGGCCAGCAGCUACCUGGCCAACAUAUCUUCAAGGGACCAAUGGGCCCUUCUCUGGGGACCAAGGCUUUUGGCUGGAGCCAGGACACAAGGCGGGAGCCAGCUGCCACCUGGGGCACCACAGACCUCGCAUCCCAGGGAAUCUCAAGUGUGGCCCUCGCUUCUCAGUCCACUAUGCCCUGGACAUGGGACACUGCCCUCAGCACUGCCUGCCUUAUGUGGCAGAACAGGAGUUGAUGCUCAGGACUCCACCCAGUGUGAAAAAAAAACUGUCGUUGGACUUCUUUACAGAGACGCCACCCAGUGUGUAAAACAAGACUGUCAUCGGGGGUGGGGGGGACCUCCCUGGUGGUGCAAGGGGUUAAGCACCGCACUGUGAGGCAAUCCGCAGCUUCUGCAGCACAGAGUUCGAUCCCCUGCCGGCCAGGGAGCUACCCACAUGGCACAGCAGACCUCUCCUAUCUCACCCACUGCUCCCCUCAGCAGUGUCUUUCAGUCAGUCCACCUGUUCCGUGCCCUGCUCUGUCUUUGGUGAAUCCUCUCACCCUCCCCGCUGCCCCCCCC